AUGGUUCAGCUGCGCAUUCCAUUUGCUAAUCAAGAAGCCACGGAUGAAUGGAGUCACGGAGAGUGGAUCCCCUCCUGGGCCAGCGUUGGCGACGCAAAAAUGGAUCAUGACAUCGUCGUGCAAGACAUACUUCGUGAAGGCGGCACUGGGAUGCCACUGUGGCGGGUCAAGGGCUAUGUCAGCUUUCUCCUCAUCAUCCAGCUCUGGAUAUCAGAUUAUUCGACUGAUAUUCGUGUAUGGGCUGCCAUCAAUAACAGCUAG